AUGGGGUUGGGCAAGAAGUCCAUCCGCAUCAAUGGCGCCGACUGCGGCAUCGAGUCGCUUUUGCUAGGUGUCAUCACCAGCAUUGGAGGCUUCCUCUUCGGUUACGAUACCGGUCAAAUCUCGUCCAUGCUUCUUUUUACGGAUUUUAAGAGACGCUUCGCUACCGGCGCACUCGAUGCCAACGGCAUUCCGGAAUGGGUGCCCAUUACCCAGUCCCUCAUGGUAUCGCUCAUGAGUAUCGGUACUCUCAUCGGUGCGCUCUCUGGUGCUUACACAGCCGACUGGUGGGGUCGGCGAAGAAGCUUGAGUUUCGGUGUCGUCGUUUUCAUUAUUGGAAACAUCAUCCAGAUCACGGCCAUGAAUUCGUGGAUUCACAUGAUGAUGGGUCGAUUCGUUGCUGGUCUGGGAGUGGGCAACUUGUCCAUCGGUGUGCCCAUGUUCCAGUCCGAGUGCUCCCCCCGAGAGAUUCGUGGCGCUGUUGUCGCUUCGUACCAGCUUCUCAUCACCUUCGGUAUCCUUAUCUCCAACUUGAUCAACUUCGGCGUCCGCAAUAUCCAGGAAUCCGAUGCUUCAUGGCGCAUCGUCAUCGGCCUUGGUAUUGGCUUCUCCCUCCCACUGGGCUUGGGUAUCCUUGCCGUCCCCGAAUCUCCUCGAUGGCUCGCGGGACGUCAGGACUGGGAGGGUGCUCGUAUGUCUAUGGCGCGUCUCCGUGGCCUCAAGGACGAUCCGCAUAACGAAACUGUGGAACGGGAUCUCCGAGAAAUGUUCAAGGUCAUCGAGGAAGAAUCCAAGACAGGCUACGGCACCUGGUUGGAGUGCUUUACGGGAUCCUCCGGGAUUCCUAAGACUGUCUACAGAACCAUAUUAGGUAUCUGCAUUCACUUCCUGCAACAGUGGACUGGUGUCAAUUACUUCUUCUACUACGGGGCUCAAAUCUUUGAGUCGGCCGGUAUCGAUGAUCCCAUUAUGGUUCAGCUCAUUCUUGGUGCCGUCAACGUCGUAUGCACUUUCUACGGCCUCUAUGCAGUCGAAAGAUACGGCAGACGCUGGCCCAUGUUCAUCGGUGCUCUGUGGCAAUUUGCCUGGCUUACAAUCUUCGCCUCCGUCGGCACUGCUCUUCCUCCCGAAACCAGCGCAACUAGCGGCGUCGUCAUGAUUGUCUCGGCUUGCAUGUUUAUCGCUUCCUUCGCUAGUACCUGGGGACCUAUGGCAUGGUGCGUCAUUGGAGAGACCUUCCCUCUCCGGACCAGAGCCAAACAGGCCUCUCUUGCAACCGCCGGCAACUGGUUGGGUAACUUUCUUAUCUCUUUCCUCACGCCUUUUGCAACCAAUGGCAUUUCGUUUGCGUACGGUUUUGUCUUUGCCGGUUGCAACCUGGCCGCCGCUUUUCUCGUGUGGUUCUUCCUUUACGAGACAAAGAUGCUGUCCCUUGAGAACGUGGACAGGAUGUACAGCGACCCAAGUGUCAAGCCCUACUCUUCCACUCAGUGGGUGCCACCAGGAUAUAUCACUAGGAAGGACAAGGACGAGUCUGUGUUCCAGCGAGCAUCAGUUCACACCGACAACGCCAGUCCCAAGGAAAAGUCAAGUGAUGAGAGGCCCUUCUCUGAACACCAUACCAAGCCAGAAACCACAUCCAACGCCGUUUAG